GAUCUGGGUUGUUGCUAUCCCAAGCAAAACAAAAGAUAAGGUUUCUCGUUCUUUUUGGCUAAACUGAAAGAAAGAGAAAGAAAGAAGAAGAAAAUAUCACUAUUUCAGAAACCGGAAUUACGUCUCGACUUGGUAGAGAUCUAAUGCUGAGCCCCCUUAGUCCGAUUCAGGUGAACUCAGAUCCCACGGCGAACGCCAACUUAAGCCCCUUUCAGCAGUGGAGAAGUGCAUAUGAUUGCCUCCAAAAUACUUCCAAUUUAUGCCCAGGUAUAUACGAAUUGACUGAAGGAGGCUGGGUUAAUGUGAGCAGGAAUCAAACGGAUGAUUACUGCAAAAAUGGAUGCUUUGAUCAUACCAAAUGGGUGAUCACCUGUGUUUAUUAUUGCAAGCGUGACUAUGUGUUUAGAAAUGGGGCCACAAUCAAGGAUAUCAACUACACAGUUGCAAAUGGAUGCCUACAUGGUUUCAAUGGAACAACAUAUAUAAGCAGCUCAGGAAAGAUCCUUUGGAGCAAAUCCAUGGCAUUCAUCACCAUUGCAGCAACUUGGAUUCUCUAUAAAAGCAUGUAGUGUACCCCAACUCACCCCAUUUUCCACUCCCCAAAUAAAAAGAAAAUCAAACCAGUACAUAUGAAAAAAUAUUUACGUGAGAGAGAGACUUGGGAAAAAUAUGUACAUUUUUUCCUGUUUUCCUUUUCCUUGUCCAGACUAUUAUGUCAUCAUAAAUAGGGGUUAUGUUUAUGA